AUGCCCCCGGACCCCCCAACUGGCUUUGGACUAAGCCCCCAAUCUUUCCAAAUCCUAGAAACCGCCCUGCUUGUUUACAAGCAGGACCUGAGCAACGAGAUGCAGCUGAGCAUUAUGAGGAAGGUGAAGAGUGGGGAGCUGACCAUCGAGGAUGCCCUGAACCAGGCCAGGAGAGACAACCAAGAGCAGCUAAAGCAAAACCUGGCCACGGAGGAACAGCUAGCUUCCCAGUACAACUUCAGUGUUUACAAGUACAACCGCUACAGAUGGCAGAAGCGCAUUCUUCAGAUUGACUUCAACACUAAAAUGGUGUGCAGCAUAGAGAAAGGCACCGUAAUGCGGCAGCUGCCCUUCCUGUGUGUUAAGAGCUGUGACGACAGAGUUGGGGCCAAGUUCUCCGUCUCUUUCAGAGGAAGACAUGACUAUGAGCUGGAGGCCACCUCACUGGAGGGCAAACACAAGAUGAUGCAGUUUGUAAACAAGAUCGUCUACAGAAACGUCUACAGUCAUCCAUUAGAGGGCAGUGAAGAGAAGUGUGAAUGGCCUCCAGCACCAAAGACCCUCAUGGAGGGCCUGUUGUUCCUGCAAAGAGGAGGCUUGGCAUCGUUUAAAUGGGUGAAGUACGAGGCUCGCCUUCACCCUGGCCAGCUGAACCUGCUCCCCAUCAGCCGACGGGCGGUAGAUGAGGAGCAGUCCUUGCCAUUUGUCAUUCAUUUCUCAGACGGGGACAAUAGCUUAGAGAAGCAGCACAGCUGUGACACCUUCACUCUGCUGACACACAACAAUGAGUACCAGUGAGUGACCAUGAAAAACCCAUUCAGAGACAGGUGUUUGGGACAGUUUUUUUAGGAAAAGACAGUUUCUUAGGAAAGUGUUUCUAUUUUUGCAGUCGUUCUGUAAAUGAGGCCUUUCCCAAUGCCAGUCCAUCUACAUAUUU